AUGCACGCGCCGAGGAGGCCAGUGGUGUCACCUCGCAGAGCCGUCAAUGGAACUGCCGCUGCGGCUGCGUCCCCUGAGGUCAAGGGUGGCGGUGAGAGCGACAGCAGCACACCCGCCACAUCUGUCGGCGCGGUGACCGGAGAGACCGCGAAGCCUGCAGCAGCGAAGCCAAGUGCAGGGGCAGCGUUUCUUCCCACAAAUAGUGGGAAGGCUGCUUCGGCCGAGGAGACUGUCACCACGACGCCAGAAAUGCGGUCCAGCAGCAAGCCGUGCGACGGGGGCGGUGCUCUCGUUACCCCUCGGAAGCGCUACAGUGUUCUUCGGCCUACAAUGUCUGUGUCGCCGCUCACCACCGCAUCGACUCGUACCCUAAGCAGCAACGAUGAAAAGGAGGAGGGCAGCCCAGCCGUUCCCAAGAGGAGGGUGGACAUCGCCCACACGGCAGCAACAGCAGGCAGCAACGAGAGAGGGACGUAUGGCACCCAGAGAGCAUCGACUGCGCCACGCCGCACCGACUCCGGUAGCGCUUCUGCCACAGUGGCAGCUCUUAGAGGUCGUCUUGCAGCGGCCUCCAGUCUGUCUACGACACGCACCUCUACAGGCAGCUUGAAUGCUGGCGCUUCUGCUGGUAGCACGGCUGAUGCCAAGUCGGCGGAGGCCACUGCCCUGACGGAGCUGCGGGAGCUCCGUCAGGCGCUCAAGGACAAGGAACGGGACCUCACUCGGCUCACACGUGACGUGGAAAAGGCUACGCAGACCGCAGCGAAGGCGCAGAAGAAAACCGAAGAACUGCAGGGCAAGUUGGAGAGCGAGAAGUCAGCUUUUGUGGCGCACAAGAAGGAUACCCUGGCCCAGAGGCAGGAACUGCAGAAGGAGCUGCGGCAGGCCCAGGCAGCGCUGCGCUUGGCGGAGCAGGUACAAGAUAAGUUGCAGCGAGAGCUAGAAAAACAAAAGGAGAAGCUGGCCACCGCGUCGUCGCGUGCAGCGAGCACUACCACCACCCCCGUCAUGACUCCAAGGUCUGCGGCGCCGUCCUCGGCCUCCUUCGAUGCCAUGCUGCAGGCGAAGGUGUCGAGCUUAGAGAGUGAGAGGAAGCUCAUGAAGGACACGAUUCGGCAGUUGGAAGAGAAGGUUUCUGCUGCUGCUGCUGGUCUUGCGAAGACAGCCGAGGAGCAGCGCGACGCUUCUUCUGCAGCCGCAGCUACGAAAGAGGCGGGGACGGUUGCGACGCUGCGGAGGGACGUGCUGCAUCUUCGGCAGCAACUUUCUACGCAGGACACGAUGGUGCGUGCUCAGCAAGAAAGGCUGGAUGCACUCCUGGAAGAGAACAAAGGUCUCAGGGAACGCGAGAAAGCUGAACGGAGGCCCGCGCGCAAGGAUGCCGCUGUUUCCACUCCGCGAACGGUUGCAGCAUCAGGCAAGGGGGUGAGCGAGGAGCAGUCGUUUUUAGUGCGGUCGCCUCGUCAGGCAGCGACGCUGGAAACCCCUGAGAAGAAAGCGAUGGCGCACCUGCGGGAGGAGCUAACGGCGGCACAAACCCAGGUGGGCGAGUACAAGCGCAUGCACGAACAUGCCGAGCGCCGCAUCAAGCGACUCGAGAUAGAGUUGGCUGCUGUCCGGCGCCGCGCUGAAACAGCAGAAGAGGCGGCCAAGGGGAUCGCGCCUCAGGCGGCAGGCUCUCCUGCCUCUACGGACGCGGCCACUGCCAGUUUAAAGGAGACGAUGGCUUCCAUGAAGGAGCAACUGGCGAGUGUGGCAGCCGAGUGUAGUGAGCUGCGGCAGCGCGCACGGGAGCGGACCGAGGAGGCCACCACGCUGCAGUCCGCACUCCAAGAAGCGGAAGACGACCGAGAUGCACGCGUACGGCAGAUUCGAGAGCUGCGGUCCCGAGUUUCCGAAGCUGAGGCAAAGGCGGCGACCGCGCUGGCGGCCCAGAAAACGGAGCUGUCCGGGGCGCUGGAGAAAGCUCGGAUAGAGCUGCGUUCAGUGAAGGCCGAGUUGCGCGCCGCCGCAGAUUCCGCGCAGGGGCAUCAGGAGGCAUCGAAGGCUCUUCGCAGUCAACUUGAUGAGGAGCAGCAGCGGUGCUCUAACCUGGAAAAGGAGAAGCGAGCUGCGCAGGAGGAGGCGGCAGCAAAGGCCGCCGCUGUCGACGCAUCGAAGCAGCAGGCUGAUCACUACAAGAAAAAAAUGAAGCAGCUCACCAGGAAGCUAGACGAAGCUCUGCGGGAGCUCGCGGUGCUGGGAGAAGAGUACGAGCGCAUCUGCGAGGAGCGUAAGACGGCGGCGAUGCCCGACACUGAGAAGAGCGCGAUCGCUGAGACACGCAGGUUGAUGCGUGGAGAGCCGGGUACAUACAUAGAGCAGCACACCACGACGAGAGAGACGGAAGCGGUGAUUCGAGCGGUGUCUCCCUUGAAAGGGAAGCCCACUGCCAGCGUGUCCCGAAAUCUUUCCGACGCUCUCCUCUCCGCAAACAGGCUGGCUCCUGUAAUAGGGGCGACUUCCACUGCGUGGGCGAUGGCGGCACUGGAUCAGGAACGGCAGGCUCGCGAGCAGCUUGAGUCGGACGUUCUGUCCCUCUACUCGAAGAUAUCCGCCAUCGACCACCUCGAACAAAGACCCUGGCAUUCGGUGGAGCGAGGGAGAGCUUGUUCUGUCACUGGUGCAUCACCGACGAACCUGCCAUUGGGGAGCACGCAUGAUCGACCAAGAGACCCUCCGCAAUCGUCGUGGAUGCCUGUAGCCCUGCAACCAAGUCUCGCCACCUGUGGCGCGCCGGGUCGCGCACGCUCGCCGGGUCGCGCUCGCUCGCCCCAGGCCACGCACGCACUCGACAGUCGCUACUUUGACCCCACCCUACUCUCCUGCCAGGAGAGCCCGACUCGCUGCGCUGGAGUUGAUUCCGUCAAGGUCAGGGGACAUGGCGCGGCGAAUUUACACCAGUACGUAGAGCUGCAGCAGCGAAGCCGAUCACUGCCCUCUCAAGUACUUCAGCUGUCACCGGGCGUGCGCAGUAGAGGCGAUGCUCAGUCGACGUAUCGAGGGCUUUCGCCUCGGUCUAUGGUGCUGUCGACGUCUACCUCUGCACUCCAGCCCUACUGCAGCGACAGCAGCGCGAGCGUCGCCUCAGUGUUCUCUGAGCUUCCGGCUACCUCGGUGUACUACUCCACUCGCGUUGCUGGCAGCAGUGGCAAUGGGGCAGGACCGUGUGCUGCGGUGGAGCUGCAGUUCAGCAGCAGUGCGGGGCGGCUUUUGGUGAGCAAACGUGGGCACCGCGUGCAGCGCCCCGUGUUUCCCGCCGCAGCGAGCGAGGCUGCGGAUCUGGAUGUGUGCUGCGCCGCCAUCGGCUCGAUGAGCCACACAAUUUACGCCUCCCACAUGUUGGCGAAGGGGCACUACCACCUCAAGCACAUCUUCCGCUUUAUCGUUCGCGUUCUUAGCGAUUUCAAGAGCGGCGGCGACAUCCUCAUCGGGUUUGCGGACCGCUAUAUUCCGAUGGAGAGCUUCGGCGCUAAGCGAAACGCACUGCGCUACAGGGGCUGCUACUACCUCAGCCUGCGUGACGGUGGCCUCUUCUGUCCUGCUCAGGAUAUUUGUGAUGCGACGUAUGAGGGCUGGUCAGCGGCAGCGGCGGAGGCAGCAGGGCGACGCUGUGGCAGCGGGGCGGGGCCAAGGGGUGACCGAGGCGGCUCCGUCACUUUUUCGGACGGCGUCGAGGCGCCUCUCACGGGGGCGCGUGCGACUUCCUCACCCGUGCACAGACGUGUGCUGCCGAGGCCCGAGUGCGUCGCGCGGGCCGGUGACGAAAUCGCCUGCACCCUCCGUACGGAUGAGCGGUCGAUCAGCUAUUCAUGGAACGGCGUCGAGUGCGGUGUUGCGUUCACGUCGGUGUCUCUGUCGCCCUCCCUUUACCCGUGCGUCGAGGUAAAUACCUCUGGCGGCACGUUAGAACUCCUCGGAAUCGAUUCCAGCAGCCGCUGA